CUCUCCCCUCCCCUCCCUACUUCCCUCUCCUUCUCUCCCCUCUCCUCUUCUCCACUUCCCUCUCCUUCCCUCUCCUUCUCCUCUCGCCUCCCUACUUCCUCUCCUUCUCUCUCCUCUCCUCUUCUCCACUUCCCUCUCCUUCCCUCUCUCCUUCUCCUCCGCCUCCCUACUUCCUCUCCUUCUCUCCCCUUCUCCUCUUCUCCACUUCCCUCUCCUUCCCUCUCUCCUUCUCCUCUCCCCACCCUAGUUCCCUCUCCUUCUCUCCCCUCUUCUUCUCCACUUCCCUCUCCUUCCCUCUCUCCUUCUCCUUCUCCUCCUCUCCCCUCCCUACUUCCCUCUCCUCCCCUUCCCUCUCCUCUCCUCUCCUCUUCUCCACUUUAUUUUCCUUUAUAAUACAUCACAUUUUCCAUUUUACGACAGUCCAUCUCUUUCCUUCUCCUUCCCUUCCCUUCCUUCUCCUCUCCUCCCUUCCCUCUCUCCUUCUCCUCUCGCCUCCCUACUUCCCUCUCCUCCCCUUUCCUCUCCUUCUCUCCCCUCUCCUCUUCUCCACUUCCCUCUCCUUCCCUCUCUCCUACUCCUUCUCCUCCCCUCCACUUCCCUCUCUUCUUUCCCCUCUCUGCUUCCUUCUUCUUCUUCCUUCUCCUCUUCCCUUGGCCUUCCUCUAAUUUCUACCUCUAACCGCUCAGAAAAUCUAUUCCGUUACCAAGUAAUAUUCUGUGUUAGGUCCAAGUCAUUCUCUACCACCCUUCCCUGGGCAAGCAAGCGAUGAGAAGCUCGUCAGGAGCUUAGGAUGAAGCAUGCCAUGCGCAACCCCAAGCUUGCAGAGGCCAAAGGGGUCCCCCAAAAAUCCCCCAUCACUUCCUGAAGUCUGGAGUUUAAAAAAAAACAAACCCACAAAAGCAGUUGACUGCUUAUCUCCUGGCAAGGACCCAGGAGGGACCAUAUCUGGGAGAGAAAAGGGCUGGGCAUCCGGAGAACAUUCAGGACUGAAUCAGAAUCCAGAAUAGAACUGGGAGGGACCCCCGGAGGUCUUCUAGUCCAGCCCGCCCCCCAAACGAAACUUCCUUGGAUUCUCCAAGCUUUGGAGGUAUUUUGCCCAGCCAGCGCUUGGCACAAAAGGGCCCCCCAGGUUCCUGCAACCGCAGCAGCCCGGAGUAGGCAGAUGCAAAAGCUGUUUGACAAGGAGAAGGAGGAGUUUUGGAAGAAGGUGGAGACCAGGCUGUCUUGAAGAAAAAAAAAAUCCAGGAGUUGCUCAGCUGCCUGGUGGAACCAAGAGUGACCCUCCCUUCCCUCCUUCUCUCUUUCCUUCCUUCCUUCUCUCCGGCACAAAAUGCACUGUGAGUCCCAGGCGAGUUCGUGGCUCCCCACACCUUCCUUCCACCACCCCCCACCCACCCCAAAUUAUUUCCUUUUCUGUUUUCCAGGUUUGUGGUCUGCCUUCCUUCCCUUGGCAUUGCUGGCGGCUCUGAAUGCCAGCCCAGGAGACGCCAGUUCAGUCGAUCCGUGCUGUUAUUUCCCGUGCCAACACGGCGGUUUGUGCGUCCGGGUUGGCACGGAAGGGUACGAAUGCGACUGUAUCCGGACGGGAUAUUAUGGCACCAACUGCAGCUCACCGGAAUUCUGGACGUGGGUACACGACACCCUAAAGCCGAGCCCGUCUUCCGUUCAUUACUUGCUGACGCAUUUCACCUGGCUGUGGAGCGUCGUGAACCGGACUUUCCUCCAAAGCCUUUUGAUGAGAGUGGUGUUGACGGCCCGCGCCAACCUCAUCCCCAGCCCGCCCACCUUCAGUGGCAACUACGGAUACCUGAACUGGGAGUCUUACAGCAACCUCAGCUACUUCACCCGCAUCCUCCCGCCGGUGCCCUCCAACUGCCCCACGCCGAUGGGGAUGAAAGGACCGCUGGAGCUGCCAAGAGCCGAACUGGUGGCGGAAGAACUUCUCCUGCGCCGGACUUUCCACCCCGACCCACAAAAAACCAAUCUGAUGUUCGCUUUCUUCGCCCAACACUUCACACACCAGUUCUUCAAGACGUUUGGCAAGAUGGGCCGUGGAUUCACCCGGGCUCUGGGCCACGGGGUGGAUCUUGGCCACAUCUACGGAGACAACCUGGACCGGCAGCAUCAGCUGCGCCUCUUCAAGGACGGGAAGCUGAAAUACCAGCUGAUGAAGGGUGAGAUGUACCCCCCAACAGUGAUGGAAGCCGCCGUGCACAUGAUCUACCCACAAGGCACCCUUCCGGAGCACAGGUUUGCUACGGGCCAGGAGGUCUUCGGUCUUCUCCCAGGCCUCCUGAUGUAUGCCACCCUCUGGCUGCGGGAGCACAACCGCGUCUGCGACUUGCUGAAGCAGGAACACCCCACCUGGGAUGACGAGCAGCUCUUCCAAACUGCCCGGCUGAUUCUAACAGGUGAGACGAUCAAAAUCGUCAUUGAGGAUUACGUCCAGCAUCUCAGCGGCUACCACCUGAAGCUGAUGUUUGAACCCGAGCUGCUCUUUGGGGCCCAGUUCCAGUACCAGAACCGCAUUGCUCUGGAGUUUAACCAGCUCUACCACUGGCAUGCCUUAAUGCCGGAUUCCUUCCAGCUGCCCGACAGAGAAUACACUUACGACCAGUUUCUUUUCAACAACACCAUUCUGACCCGCUAUAGCAUAGAGACCCUGGUAGAGGCCUUCUCCAAACAGCGAGCUGGACAGAUCGGUGGGAAGCCAAAUAUCAACAAGAACCUUCUCAAAGUGGCAAUUGGAACGAUCAAGGAAUCGCGACUGUUGCGUUUUCAGCCUUUUAAUGAGUACCGGAAGAGGUUCCAUCUUAAGCCGUACACGUCCUUCCGGGAACUGACAGAUGACGAGAAGAUGGUUGAGAAGCUGGAAGAGAUGUACGGAGACAUCGACGCUCUGGAGUUCUUCCCCGGCCUGCUGGUGGAGAAGACCUACCCCAACAGCAUCUUUGGAGAAAGCAUGAUCGAGAUGGGGGCUCCCUUCUCCUUGAAGGGGCUGCUGGGGAACCCCAUCUGCUCCCCCGAAUACUGGAAGCCCAGCACUUUUGGGGGCGCCGCCGGCUUCCGAAUCGUCAACACGGCAAGCUUGCAAAAACUGGUCUGCCUCAACGUGAAACGGUGUCCCUACGUGGCGUUCCACACGCCCGAUCACGGAGAGGCCGAAGGCUCCGAGGAGAAGAAGCGGCCUUCAACGGAGCUCUAACAAAACUCCCUUCCGUUGAGUUAUACAGGUAGUCCUUGACUUAUAACCGUUCGCUUUAGUGACCGUUUGACGUUCCGACGGCCCUGAAAACAGUGACUUGUGACCGUUUUCUCACACUCGCGACCUCCCAAACGGUCACGUGGUUUUACAUUUACGGGAUGCUCAUGACUGAUUCGCGUUCGUGACUGUCGCGGUGUUCCGGCCGUCGCGGCUUUCUGACGAGCCGGGGGAGACGGAUUCAAUUCACCAGCGUGCGACUUAAUUUAAGAACCGCACUUAACAAAUGCGGCAAGAAAAAAAAGUGGUUUAGAAGUUUAAAAAUCAACACCUUUCUCGCCGAACGGCAGAAAUUGUGGGCUCAGUUGCGGACGUAAGUUGAGGAUUACCUGUACUUCUCCUCCUCCAGGUGUGAGACCAGGAGGCCAUGACGGCAUGAGAGCAACAAGGAAAAUGAGCAUGUGUGUGUGCGUGGACGUGCGGGCCUGUCUCUCUCAGCUUGUAGCCUAGCCCCCUCCCCUACAUUCUACAAAUGCCUUCAGCAAUCCUGUCCAGAGAGGAGAAGAAAAACCAACUUAACUGUUUCUGGACAUUCUCAGUCCUCCGGGUCAUAGUUGUUCCAAAAGUGCUUUUUUUUGAAGAGGCAACUGGACUUUUCUGGUUUUUUCUUUGAAGACGUUUCCCUGCUCCUCCAAGAAGCUUCCUCGGUUCUGACUGAAUGGUGGAGGACGGAAGGAUUUAUCUUCCUUGCAGACGGCUGGCCAUUUGCAUCCUUUUAGAGAGUCGUUGAGGCCAAUUGGCGGUAGGGUCCACCUGAGUGGUGCAAAUGGGUGUGGAGCCUUCUGGGAACUGCUAAAAGGACUUGUGUUGUAGGUUGGAGAAUAGAUGGUCGUAUCCCUUCCCCUCUGUUGAGAGAGGGCGGUUCAGCUUUGACGUACAUGGCCUUUUUGACCCCUCUUUCAAACCUCUCUGUCCGAAAUGUGGACUUUGCUGCCUUCAAAAGAGUGUUGAAUGCGGACGGGCCGCUGAAUCUGGUCCUGAUGGGUUUGUUCUCCUAUGUCGAGCCAUGCGUUUAUGAAGCGGUUGUUUUGUUUCCCCCCAAAUCACCAGCGAGGAGGAUCAACCCUUCCAUUCCCCACCAUCCAAAUCCAGAGCUGAACAAGCUUCUUGGAUAGAAGCGAAACGUCUUCAAAGAAAAAAAAAACCCAGAAAGUCUUGGGGGGGGGGGGAAGCACUUUUGGGACCACCAGCUUAACGGAGCGGAAGGAAUCCAUCUCUGGCCAAUCUCCUUGGUGGUCUUCAGCUCCCUCCCUGCCCUCUUUUAUCUGUGCCUGUCGUAGCUGCCCCCAGGAACUUCUGCAAACAGGAACUGGAGGGGAUCAAACCUGCUCUAGGUGAGAGUUUCGGGACCACCUCCCGUCUCUGCUUUCAAAGUUAUUCGUGCAGGUAUGUGCCCUUUGUGCCUGAGACCAGGAGAAAAACCGACAAACGUGGGGGGGAAAAAAGGAGAUGUUCAAAAUAAAGCGGAAAACCUGA